GAGAGAGCAGGAGAGAGAAACGCCUUCCCCAGAAAAACUAGUCAUCUUAGCAUGUCACCUCAUUAGUGGGAGUAGUUGACGAUUCAAAGGGCAGGAGACUGAGAGAGAGUGGAGAGGUCACUGUAGGAGAUGAGAGACUACUGAUUCUCCUCCACUCACAUUAUAUAUAAAUAUUUGAUUUGCUGGUAUCAGCAUAUACUGCUGCUACUUUUUCCACAUCCAUUAAUUGCCUGGUGGUUGCUUUUUUUUCCUUGGGCAACUUGGGCAACUUUGGAAAAAGACGAAAAGAGAAGAGAAGAAGAAGAGAGCACAACACCAUCUAAAUGUAGAGAACUCCCAGGUUUAUGUAGUGGUUGUUUUAACUUUCCUCACGCAGAUCUGGACAGUGUUUCCCUCUUCACCAUGGCGGGCAGGUGGAACCUCCUGAUACUGGCUCUGUACCUCUCUGACUUGGUGGCCCUGACGGAAUCAGAGUGCCCUCAAGGAUGGAUUAGUACAGAGCAAGGAUGCACUGAUUAUGAUGAAUGUGUUAUUGAUGAGGACUAUCCCGAUGAACCUGGAGCAUGUGUCGAGAAUGCGUCCUGUGUCAACACAGUUGGCAGCUACUACUGCCAAUGUCUUGAUGGUUUCGUGUCAUCAACUGGGGCUGUGAACUUUACAGCUGUAACACCUGCAACAUGUGAAGAUAUCAACGAGUGUCUGCAAAACGACGAUAUGUGUGGACCUAAUGCUGAAUGUCACAACACAGUUCCGCAUUAUUCCUGCAUUUGUGAGGAUGGAUUCAUUUCCACCACUGGACUUGAAACUUUUCACCAUGGUGACAACGUUACAUGUAUUGAGAUCGACGAAUGUGAAGAGGGAAAUAUUUGUGGUCAAAACGCAGCAUGUGUCAACACACCAGGCAAAUAUCACUGCAUCUGUCAGACUGGCUUUGAACUGAAGUCUGGUAAAUCUAACUUCACUGGCAAUCAGGAGCAAUGUGAAGAUAUCGACGAAUGUGGAGAGAAAGAUGUUUGUGGUCCAAAUUCAGCAUGUGUCAACACACCAGGCAAAUAUCACUGCAUCUGUCAGACUGGCUUUGGACUGAAGUCUGGUAAAUCUAACUUCACUGGCAAUCAGGAGCAAUGUGAAGAUAUCGACGAAUGUGGAGAGAAAGAUGUUUGUGGUCCAAAUUCAGCGUGUGUCAACGCACCAGGCACAUAUCACUGCAUCUGUCAGACUGGCUUUGAACUGAAGUCUGGUGAAUUCACUGGCAAUCAGAAGCAAUGUGAAGAUAUCAACGAAUGCGAAAAGGAAAAUAUCUGCGGUCAAAACGCAGCAUGUGUCAACACACCAGGCAAAUAUCAUUGCAUCUGUCACGCUGGCUUCGGACUGAGAUCUGGUAGAUCUAACUUCACUGGCAAUCAGGAGCAAUGUGAAGACAAAUGCAUGAUUGAUAAGACAAUCUGCGGAAAUGGAAUCUGUCACCGUGGAGCCAGCGGCCAUUACUGUGUUUGCCACCCUGGGUCCACUAACUAUGGCAACAAUGAGUCUCGCUGCACAGAGUUAAGGUGUGAUGUAUUCGAAGAUAUGAGCAAUCCAAAAGAGGAAUUUCACAUUUCACAGGAUCUUGUGAUGCAUUUGAAAAAAAGCUGUCUGAACAUCAUGAAGAAUGCAACAAAGCUGGAUGGAGAGGACAUCUUAAAGAGACUGUUGUCUGCCAUUGACGAGCUCUUGUCCAGCGAAGCCAUCAAAGAUAAAAGGAAGGUCUCCACCUUUCUGGACAUGGUGGAGAAUGUCUUGAGGCUCAUAGGGCCUCUCAUUAAGCCCCCCGGGAUAAAAAAAUCGUCCACACACACAGAGCUGGAGCUGCUGGUACAUAAGGGGGCUAACUUACCCCAGGGACCUCAUAACUUAACAUCUAAGCAUGCUCAGAUGAACAUUCAGUUGGAGACAGCUGCCGGGGAUCCCUCCUAUUACCCUGGCUUUACAACAGUGUCCUUGCUGACCUACGCAAACCUUGAACACUCCGCGGACAGCUUCUUUAGUGGGAUGGAACCACAAGUGAACCACAGCUAUAAGAUCAACUCUAAAGUCGUGACUGCCAGCGUCAGUAACAGAAACACAAGCCACCUCAAAGAGCCGGUCACCUUGACAUUCCACCACCUCAAGCCAAAUGAAUCCCACCACACCUGCGUGUUCUGGGAUUCCUCGUUGGAUGGAGGGUCAUGGUCUACUCGUGGCUGCAAGAUGGUGGAGUCCAACUCUGAAUACACUGUGUGUUCCUGCAACCAUCUGAGCAGCUUUGCUGUGCUCAUGGCGCUCUAUGACGUGGAGAAGAAGUUUGAGUUGCAGCUGAUCACCUGGGUGGGCCUGUCCCUCUCGCUAAUUUGCCUGUUCAUCUGCAUCCUGACGUUCUCGUUGAUCCGCUCCAUCAAAAGCCCAAGAACCACAAUCCACCUGCACCUCUGCAUCAGCCUCUUCAUUGCCUACAUUAUCUUCCUCGCAGGCAUCUCUCGUACGGAGAGCCGGGUUGGCUGUGCGGUGGUAGCUGGGCUGCUGCAUUUCUUCUUCCUGGCAGCAUUUUGCUGGAUGUGUCUGGAGGGCAUACAACUCUUCAGGAUGGUCGUCCUGGUCUUUAACACCAACUUCAAAACCCUCUACAUGAUGGCAGGUGGCUAUGGAGUCCCAGCUGUUGUUGUCGCUAUCUCUGCUAUGGUGAAUGCUGAGGGAUAUGGCACCAAGAGAUAUUGUUGGUUGAAGCUGGACUUUAUUUGGAGUUUCUUUGGCCCUGCGUGCAUCAUCAUCAUUAUAAACAUAUUCUUCUUUCUCAUCACUGUGUGGAAGUUGGCACAGAAGUUCUCAAGUUUAAACCCUGACCUGGACAAGCUGCAGAAAAUAAAGGCGUUCACCAUUACUGCAGUGGCUCAGCUGUGUUUGCUGGGCACCAUGUGGAUCUUCGGUUGUUUCCAGUUUAACAAGGGCACAAUUGUCAUGUCUUACCUGUUCACCAUCUUUGGCAGCAUUCAGGGGAUCAUGCUCUUUGUCAUGCACUGUCUGUUUUCAAAACAGGUGAGGGAGGAAUAUGAAAGCAUCCUGUCCAGAUACCGUGCACCUUGGAAGAAGAGCUACUCAGAUUUCAGUUACUCACACACCAGCAAAGCUCAAGGAUCCAGGAGCACCCAGGACACGGGAGAAUCUCGUAUCUGAAGAGCGAAACAGCGACAUCGGAGCAACGUCUGAUUUAUUUCUUGGAGACUGCCAUCUCAGACAUACGGGCCACUCUUGCACCCCUGCUAUUUGUAGUCAGUGCACCAGUUUGCUUCACUGCACAAUGUUGUAAAUAAUAUCCUUUUUAAGAUGUUUUUUUUUUUUUACCUAUUUGUUUUUGAGUCGGUGUAAAGCUAUUUAAAAUGGAACUGCUGACUGUUAUAAUUUAAUAUAAAUUAAGGAUUUCCCUCCGAAUGAGAAGAGAUGACAUUCAACAGUAAGUGUUUGUGCUUCACUAUGUUACUAUUUGUCAAAUGGUUAAUAAUGUCACUCAUUUCAGAGAAAAUACUGUAUCUCAACAUGUGUCAUUUUUUACAUGUGGAAAAAAUGUAUUGAUUUUGGACCAGAAUGGCUUGUUAUGUCAUCCAGGUAAUUUAUUGAACCAGCAAAGACAAUCUGAAAGACAUUUCUGAGACAAGCACUUUUUUUAUGUGUGACUUGUCCACCAUGUUUAAACUGAUAUUAUCUAAAAAUGACCAACAAAAAUGAGGACUAUCAUGAGACCAAAAUGGAUUUUAAAUGUAUAUGUGUGUAUAAUGAUAAGAUGUUUGUGUAUAUAUAUAUAUUGCUGGGCAAUUUGUAUGUAUUAGAGCAAGUGACUGCAUUCCUGCUCCAUUUAGCGUGCAGUAACACGUUAAAUGUACUGUAUCUAUAUAUUUGAAGAGAGCUUUUUAUUUUCCUACUUGAAUGUUUGAAGAUAACUUUUGUUAUUAUUGUCUAUUAGAGUGGUGGUUCUCAACCUUUUCCAUGUUAAGGAACCCUAAAUUGGUAAAAAUUAGGUCGCAGACCCUCGUUUCAUGAGAUUUCACUUCAGAGACCUCCAUCUGAAAAGCUCGUUUGAUACGAUUAAGACCAGAAUUCUGUGGUUGCCAAUUACAUCUGAGUAGAUAACGAAGGAGGAAGUGAAACCUUUCAUCAGAGUAAUUACUUAAAUUGGGCUUACUUCUACAGUGAAUUACAUAGAAAUUAAAUAAAAUAAACUGUUCCUCAUUUUAGGACCCCCUGGAGCUCCCUUAAGAACCCCUGGGGAUCCCCGGACCCCUGGUUGAGAACCACUGCACUAGAGUAUUUUUACUGUUAUAAGCACUGGUUUUAGCACAAGUUUGGAAUUGCUGAUAAAUGUUUUAUUAUGUUUUGUUCUGUCUUUCCAAGUUACAAUUUCCGUCUUUCACAUUGUGAAUUAUUUAAAAUGAUGUUUUCAUACUUGUAAUGCCGCUCCUGGAAGCUUUAAAUUAAAUAAAUAUUCUGACGUA